AUGAGUCUAAUACAAAGCUACGAACAGCAAUAUUCGUCCGUUACUGCGGAUAUUACUCACACAAUCGGCAGAGUUGCAACAUCGCAAGGAGCCGAGAAGCAGAGCUAUGUCAAGCAAGCUGAAAAACUCUUUGAUGAAGCUCAUGAGCUGCUGGAGCAGAUGGAGCUUGAGGUCAAGGAACAAGAACCCAGAGAGAGACAAAAGUAUCACACCCGUGUCAAGAGUUUCAAAAUUGAGCUGACAAAAUUACAGUCUGACCUUAAAAGAGCCAAGCUUGGUAUUGAUGCAAACAGAGAUGAGUUGUUAGGUGAUGAUACUCAUGAGUCAGAGGAUCAGCGAGCAAGACUGUUAGACAACACAGAAACUUUAGAAAGAUCCUCUCGUCGAUUAGAUCACGGCUAUCGAAUUGCUUUGGAAACUGAACAGAUCGGAAGCCAAAUUAUGGAGGAUCUGCACACGCAGAGACAGACAAUUAACAGAUCUAGAGGAAGGCUGCAAGAGAUGGACUCUGCUCUAGGGAAAAGCUCCAGAGUUCUCUCUGGGAUGAUGCAAAG